AAGCGGCAAUCCACGAUAUGCGAACUCACAUUUCUAACAUCUAUAUUGGCUGUCAAAUUGAAUCGGAUGCGUUUGGUAAUAGCACCAGAGGAGCAAAUAUAUGUAUGACACCAGCAACAUGAAGUUACUACACACAAUUGAGACCUCACCUAAACUACUGGUAGGGCGUUAUAAGUACACUGAGACUCGCACAAUCUUUGCUGAUAUAUACGUUUCAUCAGCUUUCCCCGUCCUCGGAAAAGUGUUACAUGGCUUAUCCAAGACCAAGGAACUCGAGUACUUCGGCAUUUUGACCUCCUUCUCAUGCCCCCCAGGCGUUAACGCGGCACCCGCAGCAUCGGAUUAUGGGCUUCUUUUCGACGCAAUAAAGCUUGACGCUGUGAACGUGACCACAAGGCCCUGCUAGCUGUUGUUGCUCUCGAUGGUGAGGGAUCCCCCUUAGCUACUGCCUCAGAUAAGGGCAAGAUAAUCAGGGUGUUUUCUAUUCCCGGUGCCCACAAACUUUACCAGUUCCGCCGAGGAACGUACCCUUCGCGUAUCUCCCCAAUUCCCCCCAACCUU